AUGGCUCAUCCAGCAAGCAACCAGGCGGCGUUGCAGCAGCAGCUGCUGCAGCAGCAGCUGCUGCAGCAGCAGCACCAACAGCCCUACGCGCGCACAGACCGAUACAGGCCUUUGUCGUCUAUGGGUUCAGGGUAUCAACAGGUCCUCCAGCAACCACCUAACAGCGAUUUAGGUAGCCAUGGAUUUUCCGGAGGAGACACACACGCAAACGGCGCAGCGCCCUUUGUAGCCCAUCAAUCUUCUGGAGUGGGGGCUUCUGUAGCAUUUGGCAGCGAUCAUGAUGAUGGAGGGUCUGCGGCAUACAGACGAAACAGACGGAAAGCCACGCUGAAGAUGGUGUUGGUGUCCGUCAUUUUGGUUUCGUUUUUGUGCAACUUCGAUCACGGAGUCAUUCCAGCGAUCCUUAGCGAAAUUCAGAAGAACUUCAACAAUCAAAUCAAAUUCGUAGAGCAAAGCCUCUUUGGGUCUCUUGUCUACUUCGGCCUCAUCAUUGGCAGCCUCUUCGCCGGCAUUGCUCUGCAAAGUUAUGGAGCGAAGUGGCUGCUUGUGGCAAGUUUGUUGUGUUUGGAGUCUUCUCUCUUUUUCUUUUCAAGUUCAAACAGUUUGUUGUUGAUGUAUUUCAUGCGCUUCAUCACCGGCCUAUGCCAGGCGGUUCCUGUUGUUUAUCUGCCCGUCUGGGUAGACGACUACGCCCCUGAAGGCGAAGUGACUAGAUGGAUGUCUUACACGCAGUUGGCAGGCAUUGGAGGUGAACAACGCAACCCAGAUUUGUGUUGCGAGGCAGAACAGCUCAAGCAUGAGGAAGUCUUCAUGCGCACUGUCACCGGCUAUUUUAUUGGGGGUGUUUUCUCGCGUUUAACUGCGCCUAGCGGGGAGAGUGGCUGGAGGACGCCUUUCUUUGUGCAGUCCGUUGCCCUCGCACCCGUGGUGCUACUCCUUGCGGCGCUGCCCGCCUCCCUUGUGAACCUCUCAGACAGAAGCCAAGCCAGACCCGAGAGGCAAAG